AUGGACUUCCUGUCUUACCCUAUGCUGCUUCCUGUUGGCCUUGCCAUCCCUCUCUUGUUGGCUUCCAGGCCCCUCCCCCAUGCCCCCGACGGCGUCACUAUCAUCACUGCCUCCAUCGACGCAGCCGAGGAGGAGGACUAUAGCACGUUCAGCACCGAGAACCCAGAGUGGAAGUUCAACCACGUGGCCGUGGACGAACGCAACGGCAACGUGUACCUGGGAGCGGUAAACCGCAUCUACAAACUCUCCGACCUAAACGUACAGGUGUAUCACGAGACUGGCCCCGACGAGGACAACCGCAAGUGCUACCCUCCACGCAUUGUGCAGCCCUGCAGCGAGCCGCUGUCCCUCACCAACAACGUCAACAAGAUGCUGCUGAUGGACUACCGGGAGAACCGGCUAUUAGCCUGUGGUAGUCUCUAUCAGGGCAUCUGUAAACUCCUCCGUCUGGACGACCUGUUCAAGCUGGGAGAGCCCUCUCACAAGAAGGAGCACUAUCUGUCCGGGGUCAACGAGAGCGGUUCGGUGUUCGGCGUCAUCGUGUCGUACGGGGACUCAUCGCCCGACAAGCUGUUUGUGGCCACGGCAGUGGACGGCAAGCCCGAGUAUUUCCCUACCAUCUCCAGCCGCAAGCUGGCGCGCAACUCGGAGGAGGACGGCAUGUUCGCCUACGUCUUCCACGACGAGUUCGUGGCAUCCAUGAUCAAGAUCCCGUCAGACACGUUCAACGUGCCUGACUUCGACAUAUACGUCUACGGAUUUGGCUCGGGUAACUUCGUCUACUUCCUCACGCUGCAGCCGGAGAUGGGGAACGGGCCGGCCACCGGCUCCUCCUCCACGGGGCGAGAACAGGUGUACACUUCUAAAAUAGUCCGGCUGUGUAAAGACGACACAGCCUUUAACUCGUAUGUGGAGGUACCCCUGGGCUGUGUGAAGGGCGGCGUGGAGUACCGGCUCCUACAGGCGGCCUACCUCUCCAAGGCGGGUGCCAUAUUGGGCCGCUCGCUAGGUGUGGGGCCCGACGAUGACGUCCUAUUCACCAUCUUCUCUAAAGGCCAGAAGCGGCGGCCACGCGAGGCUUCGCAGGAGUCAGCGCUGUGCGUGUUCGCCCUGCGCGAGAUCAACGAGCGCAUCAAGGAACGACUGCAGUCGUGCUACAAGGGCGAGGGCACGCUGGACCUGGCCUGGCUCAAGGUCAAGGACAUCCGCUGCAGCAGCGCUGUGUAUUAG